AUGACCUGGACGUCCCCCGAAGGCGUGGUGAGCGGUACGUACACCCCAACGCAGUCGUCGGCGCACCAGCCGAUUUGUUUUAUUUUUCGGUUUUUGUCCAUCGCAGCAGCAGCAGCAACAGCAACAGCUUCCGGGCUCACGCUCAGCACCUGCAAGCAGCUGCAGCAGCAGCAGCAGCAGCAGCAGCAGCAGCAGCGGCAGCAGCAGCGCCGGGAGUGGGAGGGCUGCGCGCAGCGAGCGGCGGCGAGCCGCUCGGCGAACUCGCGAUGCAGCAGCAGCAGCAGCAGCAGCAACGGGGGACAGAACAGCAGCAGCACAGCAGCAGCAGCAGCAGCAGCAGCAAAGCAGCAGCAGCAGCAGCAGCAGAAGCAGCAGCAGCAUUACCCUGAGAAGCAGCAGCAGCAGCAGCAGCAGCAUGGCGGCAGGAGCCGCAGCAGCAGCAGCAGCAGCACAACAUGCAGGCCCACAGUAGGUGCAACUCAAGAAGCAGCAGCCGCAGCAGCAGCCACAGCAGCCGCAGCAGCAGCAGCCGCAGCAGCAGCAGCAGCAGCAGCAGCAGCGCCCAGCGCCACCGCGACAGCGAGAGCCACCGCAGCAGCAGCCACAGCUACAGCCUCAACCACAGCAGCAGUAGCAGCAGCAGCUGCUGCAGCAGCAAGAGCCACAGCCGCAGCAGCAGCCGCCGCAGCAGCAGGCACAGCCACAGCCACAACCAAAGCAGCAGAAGCAGCAGCAGCUGCUGCAGCAGCAACUGCUGCAGCAGCAAGAACCACAGCCACAGCACGACCAGCAACACAGCCACACCCACAGCAGCAACAACAGCAGCAGCCACAGCAGCAGCCACAGCAACAACAGCAGCAGCCACAGCAGCAGCAGCCGCAGCAGCAGCAGCAGCAGCAGCCACAGCAGCAGCAGCAGCAGCAGCAGCAGCAGCAGCAGCAGCAGCAGACUUGA